AGAUGGUGUUAAGCCACUAUAAAACGCCUAGGUACAUCUAUCCGAGUUUCAAAUCCUUGCACUUCAAGCAAGAGUUUGGGUGUAGAGGAACAAGAAAAUGGCCGAGCAAAAAGGAGAAAUCUCCUUGAUCGACCCGUCGCAGCUGUUGCGUCCGGAGCCGGUGUUCAACGACAAGCCAAUAGAGGCGUUCCGUGACUACACCGUGGAUGACAGCGACCCCGUCCGGGAGCGCGUCCGCAAGACCUACUAUGACAUGCACACGAAUGUCACCGUCGAACUUGUUAAACAGAAGAGAGAAAAAUGGUUAAAAUUCAACACGUUCAAGAGUACGAUCAAGGAUGCUCUCAUCAAGUUGAACGAGCUGGUGGAUGAGUCGGACCCUGACACCGACCUGCCAAACAUUGUGCACGCCUUCCAAACUGCUGAGAGGAUCCGCGUGGACCACCCUGAUGAUGACUGGUUCCAUCUUACUGGACUCAUCCACGAUUUGGGCAAGGUGAUGGCAUUCUACGGCGAGCCUCAGUGGUGUGUGGUGGGAGACACAUUCCCUGUGGGCUGCAAGUGGGCCAAGUCCAUCGUGUAUGGACCUGAGAGCUUCAAGGACAACCCUGACACCUACAACCCUAAAUACAACAUUGAAUACGGCAUGUACGAGCCACACUGCGGACUGGACAACCUGCUGAUAUCCUGGAGCCACGACGAGUACAUGUACCAGUUCCUUAAACACAACAAGAGCAAGAUUCCCGAGAAGGGACUGUACAUGAUCAGAUAUCACUCCCUGUACCCGUGGCACGCGGGCGGCGACUACCGCCACCUUACCAACGAGAAGGAUGAACAGAUCCUGCAAUGGGUGCUGGAAUUCAACAAAUAUGACCUUUAUACCAAGAGCACUAAGGUCCCUGAUAUCGAGGCUCUGUGGCCCUACUACGAGAAGCUGAUCGACAAGUACAUCCCAGGAGUUUGCGAGUGGUAGACUGGAGGACGUCAUCAGCAAGACAUUUUUGAUAUAGGCAUUAAUAACAUAUAAUUUACCUUAUGUACCAAAUGAUUGAUAUUGAUUUACAAUAACCCUAUUUAUUUUCAUAUUAUUAAAUUCGAUUUUAUUUUAU